ACAGGUAGGUAAUCUCCCAAAAAGUCUGUCGUAUUGUACGUUAAUAGUAACGUAGAACGACUCGGCGUUGAGUUGUAAUGUGGAGGUAUAUCCCGCGAGAGUGCUCGGGCGAGAAGAGUUAUCUUAAAGUGUCCUUCAGGUGAGGAGAUCGUCUGAGCCACCAUGGGUCUGCACUCGUCCCAGAAGAAGCACUUCCCUCUGCGGGGGAUCGACGGCGUUGUUCAGCUGUUUGACGCUGAGCUCCGUAAAUCUGAGCCAGACCUGGCCCUCCUCUCACUGGUCCUUGGUUUUGUUGAGCACUUCCUGGCUGUGAACCGGGUCGUCCCCAUAAAUGUCCCGGGGGUGCGGUUUGAGCCACUGGAGCCGGACUGUCCCAGCUCGUGUUUCCCGACCGUGGAGCUGGGGAUGAUCUCUGCACUGUACGAGCGCUUCACGGCACAGAUCCGCGGCGCCGUGGACCUGUCUCAGUACCGCCGGACUGCUGCCGGGUCCAGCAGGGAGCUGGUGAAGAAAGUCUCUGACGUGAUCUGGAACAGUCUGAGCCGCUCGUACUUCAAAGACCGAGCCCACAUCCAGUCCCUGUUCAGUCUCAUCACUGGUACCAAACUGGACAGCUCAGGUGUGGCGUUUGCUGUGGUGGCGGCCUGUCAGGUUCUUGGUCUUAAAGACGUCCAUCUAGCGCUCUCUGAGGAUCAUGCCUGGGUGAUCUUUGGUAAAAAUGGUGAAGAGACAGCCGAAGUCACCUGGCAUGGGAAGGGGAACGAGGACAGACGAGGACAAACGGUGGCAACAGGAGUCAGUGAGAAGAGCUGGCUCUACCUGAAGGGCUCCUACAUGAAGUGCGACAGGAACAUGGAGGUGGCGUUCAUGGUGUGUGCCAUCAACCCGUCUCUGGACCUGCACACUGACAGCUCUGAGCUCCUGCAGCUGCAGCAGAAACUUCUCUGGCUGCUGUACGACCGAGGAAACCUGGACAGGUAUCCCAUGGCGAUGGGCACUCUGGCCGACCUUGAAGAUCAGGAGCCAAUCCCAGGAAAGGAGAACCCGCUGAAAAUCCACCUCCAGGCCGUGACCUCUGCUCAGAGGCACUACAACAACGAGCACAUCUACCCCUACAUGUACCUCGCAGGUUUCCACUACAGACACAGGAACGUCAGGGACGCUCUGAGGGCCUGGGCCAAGGCUGCUCAGGUCAUGCAGGACUAUAAUUAUUUCCGUGAGGACGAGGAGAUCUACAAGGAGUUCUUUGACAUCGCGAACGAUGUGAUCCCCAACCUGCUGAAGGAGACGGCUGCUGCUGCGGAGAGUUCGGGGGAGGGAGGAGAGGGGGGGGAGGUAGCCGACAAGGAGCCGAAGCAGGCGGCCGCUUUCUCCGCUCUGCAGGACUCUGACUGUUUCGCUCACCUGCUGCGUUUCUAUGACGGCAUCUGUAAGUGGGAGGAGGGAAGCCCCACGCCUGUCCUUCAUGUGGGCUGGGCCACCUACCUGGUCCAGUCCCUGAGCCGCUUUGAUGCUCAGGUGCGUCAAAAGGUGUCCAUCAUCACCAAAGAGCUCGAGUCUCAGGACGAAGAUGACCAGUCCAGUGAUGACCCCCGAGAAGGUCGCAGACGACCCCCGAGGAGGGAGUCCAAGCUGGAGGAGCAGAGUUCUCCUCAUUCUUCUGCUCCUCCCACCUCCCCCUCGUCCCAGCCUCCUCCAGCAGCAGCUCAGCCCAAGAAGGUGGGAGAGGGAGGGGGCCGUCGCCGCUCCUCUCAGGGCCCGCGUGGAGGCGACACUGAAGGAAAACCCAAAUCCCCAAGCCCGGACUCCUCUCCCUCCUCCCAGCAUCAGCAGGAGGCGCCCCCCUCACCUACCUCCUCCCCGGCCGGGCCCGUGGUGGUGUUCCAGAGCGAGAAGAUGAAGGGGAUGAAGGAGCUGCUGUGUGCCGCCAAGGUGAACUCCAGCGCCAUCAAGCUGCAGCUCACGGCGCAGUCGCAGGUCCAGAUGAAGAGACAGAAGAGCACGCCGAGCGGAGAUUACUCCAUGUCCUUCAUGAAGAGGCAACGCAAGUCUCUGUAGACACCGAGGAGGAGGAGGAGGAGGAGGAGGAGACUCAUACUGUGAACAUCUCGCUUUCAUUCGUCAAACUCUUUUAGCCGUGUUUUCAUCAGUUCAGUCUCGCAGUUUCAGCAAUAUUUUUCAGUUGCACUCUUCACAUAUCAGGUUUGAUGACGGCAAAGAAAAACACGCUGCAUCAGCAACUCAAAAUGUUUUCAUCAGGAGCAAACGGGAUGCAACUGCAGGACGAAGCAAUUUUAUAACAAAUAAACAAAUAGGAGGGAAACAUGCUGCAUGAAGUCAAAGCAAAGGCUUUAAAAUCAAACCUGCUUAAACGACACAAAGUCAAAAACACAAACAAAAGUAACAGAAAAAUCCUGCACAUCCGAUCAUGACAGUCAAAGUGCUUCUGGCCUGUAGGGGGCGCUGCAGGGUGUAGCUGCUGUUCAGCUCAGUGAGCCAGGCAGACGGUGGUAUUUUCAGUUCUACUCUGCUUAGAGAACUCUUGAGGAUCGGCGAGUGUUGGUGUUGUCUCUUUAACCCAACGACAAAGUUAACUGAGGGUUAAUCAGGACUCUGGUGGAAGGGUUGAGGAAAAACGACGGCACUGCUGCAUUCCCCGUCUUCAGUCUGACUUAUAGUCCCCAAACGUCGAGUCCUCCUGGCAACGCAAAUCUCCUAUUGUGUCCAUUAAAGCGCCCCCUACAGGCCUGGAGCACUUUGUAUGCAUUGACUGGAUGUGCAGCAUGUUUCUGUGGCUUUCUAAUCUGCAGUGCUUGCUUUUGCGGCACAUUUGCUGACGAUGCAUCGCUUUCUCCUGAUGGAAAUCCUCUGGGCCGUUGCAGCGGGUUCGCCCUUGUCGUCCGCCGUAACUUAAAACUGAAGGAGGGAACAUUUCAUUGUGUUUUUAUUCAACUUCAGCCGGAAACAAACAGACUUUUCCUGGUUUGACAGAUUGUAAACACUCAUUAGUUUGUGUAUUAAUUGGCAGCCAAUUGCACACUGACUAUUAACUUCUGAUUGACUCACAUGUGGAUGUUUUGAAGCCAAAGUUUCUCCAGAAUCCAGCGUACAGAGGAGUGAAAACGACCAUUAGGACAGUGUUGAUGACUGAAGCCUGGAAGUGAUUGAUUUAGGAUAGUUACUGUGUAACAUUGUCCACCUGUGCUCGAUCCACAGCUUCUUAUUGCUAGCUCUUUGUUGCCUUACGUUGCCUUUGUUCUUUCUACAGUAGGUGGCCUUUAGUGUCGGUUAGCUGCGUUAGGCCUCAUUUCUGACGAGUAGAGAGGAGCAGGAGACCAUGCACUGUUGAGACGGCGCCUCAGUAGGAGGCCCGAUACAUCGAUUUACCUUUUAGUUGUUGUUUUUGUAUCUGCAAGUAAUAAAGGUCUGAUGGAAA